AUUACYACGCAUGCGCAGUGUGAGAGGUAUCCAAAAUACUUCCUGGUCAACAUAGGCACUCUGUUUACAUUUUAUUGAUGCUAAACUACAUUUGAUUUCGAGGCGUAGGCAUYUAUGCUUUUCUACAGACUAUUUCUUCUACACUUCGUAUUAACAAUCCUGAAAGCAUUUCCUUUAGUAAUGGCAAAUUCCGUUGCUUUUCACACUCAGCUAGCCUCCAUCAUGGAGGUUUUGGCWAAUGCGGCCGUGGCUGAAAUCUGCGAGCUUGUUGACAAUGGCUAUGCCGUCCUGCAUGUGGAGAUAUCUCGAGGCCAGAAGGAGAAUGAAGCUUUGAGGAGAAAACUACGGCUGAUGGAGAUGAAAGUGUCUAGUGCGAGUGCUCUGAGAGAGGRAAUGGGAAACUCCAUCCUUCUGCACAGUCGCUCUCGAGCUCACCUUGGCAUGGAAUCGAAAAGGACAUCAAACAGCGAGGUACGAUGUCGGAGAGCAAUUGAUUCCCAGUUGGUUACCAGCAUGUUUAGGCACAGAGAGUCCUCAGGUGACACUGGACAAACGACAACACAGAGAAAGUUUGUGCACAGUAAGUGGAUUAUUCCCAGUUAUAUCUGGCAUCCCAACUGAUUUUACACAGCCUGCAGGGUUGGAAGAGAGAAACCCCAAAUCACCUACCAUCAAAGAGGAGAUGUGGGAUGAAUCCUGGGAGAAUCAUGACCAGUGGGAGAGACUGAGUAGCGGAGCUUUARAUCACAGUGCUGAUGGAGGAGAAAGGCAAUCCAACGUCGACACAGAGGCUGCUCAACCAAUCAGCAAACAGGAGAACGCCAGCUCUUGUUUAUGGGUGAGUGGUGAAACGGACAACAGCCUCCUGCCAGGAUCAGAUAACCCGAGUGUGAACAAAAGAUCUCUAAACCCAGGACUGGAAAAUGGUGAUGGAAUACUUAACAGUGUGGGCUUUGAUUGUAUGAUGUUUGAGMCCCACARACAACUUGGGACCCUUAGCUCACAGGGUCCUGGGGCUGAUCUUCCCGAGUGCUCUUACUCUCAUGUGGAUGUUGUACCUACUCAAUCGGAUUCAGAGAAUGGAUUUUCMUAUGAAAUGAACAAAGUGAUUCCCUCCAUAACUGAGCACAAAAAACCUGUAGCUUACCAGGACGGUAGACAGAGGGCGCUGUUGCCCUCAGAGCCUCACAGGACUGUAGGAAAAGGCAUGGAAACGGGAUCCAAUGCUUUGGUAAUGACGGAUGGUUUGGUCUCCCAUGACAGUCAUAACAAUGAUGGGAGUAACAAUGGCGACGUCUCAGCAGGUAAGCUGUUAAUUUGUAGUUUCUGCGGUAAGACUUUGGCUUGUCUGAAGAAUCUCAAGACACACCUGAGGGUUCAUACCGGGGAGAAGCCRUUCAGCUGCGCACAGUGCGGGAAGCGCUUCUCUGACUCCAGCAACCUCAAGCGACACCAGAGCGUCCACACGGGGGAGAGACGCUACGGCUGCAGCCACUGCGGCAAGCGCUUCGCACAGUCGGGCUCACUCAAAGUCCACAUGAGCGUACACACGGGAUGUAAGCAGUUCAGAUGCCUGCACUGUGGGAAGACUUUCAUAUCGGCCAAUCACCUCAACAGACACAUCAGUGUGCACGAUGGAUAAAUACUUUUACCAACAACUUUUCAAUGAGUGAAAGUAUACCUAAACGUGCUUCAGCCAAGCUUGAACAGAAAAGGGACUCGAGGUUGGCAUUUAUUGGGAUGACUCAUGUACUGGAGGCAGCUCUGCAGGGUAGUCAGCCACAGUCAUAAAAUCAGCUUUUUAAACCAAACACUAAACUUAAAUUAAGACCAAAAAGCUAAAACAAAAACAAUUUGUACUAUAUACAGUGCAUUCGGAAAGUCUUCAGACCCCUUGACUUUUUCCACAUUUUGUUACAUUAACCUUAUUCUAAAUUCGAUUAAAUUGCCCCCGCCCCUCAAUCUACACACACUACCCAAUAAUGACAAAGCAUAAACAGGUUUUUAUAAAUUUUUGCAAGUUGUAGAAAC